ACCAAGACUUCUUCGGUGGACUUUCGUGGUUCUAUUCAUAGCGGCUGUGAUAGCGCCUACAUCGACUUCUACUGCCGUAAGAAGAAGAUUACGCAAGCCAACCAAAGUUUCCACAUCGGUCACGACCAGCGUGUCCAGAUCCACCGACCAGGUGAUCUCGGCAAGUGUGAACAGGCCUAAGAUACGUGGUCGGCCCAGCAUAGCCAGUCGGAAGUCCUCUGCUGCUAUCGACAACUCAGUCGGGACGGAUGAUCAUAAAGACAAGGAUGGGUAUAAGAUCGUGUGCUACUACACCAACUGGUCCCAAUACCGGACUAAGCUUGGCAAGUUCUUACCUGAAGAUAUACAACCAGACCUUUGCACCCACAUCAUCUUCGCCUUCGGUUGGCUGAAGAAGGGGAAGCUCAGCUCUUUCGAGUCCAACGAUGAGACCAAAGACGGAAAGACUGGUCUUUACGACAGAAUCAACAGCUUGAAGAAAGCCAAUCCCAAAUUGAAGACUCUGUUGGCUAUUGGUGGAUGGUCAUUCGGUACUCAGAAGUUCAAGGAGAUGUCAGCCACCAGGUACGCCAGGCAGACCUUCAUCUACUCAGCCAUCCCCUACCUCAGGGACAGGAACUUUGAUGGUCUGGACGUGGACUGGGAGUACCCUAAAGGCGGAGAUGAUAAGAAGAAUUACGUUUUGCUGUUGAAAGAACUCCGAGAAGCUUUCGAGGCCGAAGCUCAGGAGGUGAAGAAACCUCGUCUGCUGCUGACUGCAGCUGUGCCGGUCGGUCCUGACAACAUCAAGAGCGGAUAUGACGUGCCCGCUGUCGCUAGUUACUUAGACUUCAUCAACCUCAUGGCCUACGAUUUCCACGGGAAAUGGGAGAGGGAGACUGGUCACAAUGCGCCUCUGUACGCCCCGUCAUCAGAUUCGGAGUGGAGGAAACAGCUCUCCGUUGACCACGCCGCCCAUCUGUGGGUCAAACUUGGAGCCCCUAAGGAAAAACUUAUUAUUGGUAUGCCAACAUACGGACGGACGUUUACGCUAUCCAACCCAAACAACUUCAAAGUGAAUUCCCCGGCCAGCGGGGGUGGGAAGGCGGGGGAGUACACAAAGGAGGGGGGCUUUCUCGCGUAUUAUGAGGUCUGUGAAAUCCUACGCAACGGCGGUACCUACGUGUGGGAUGAUGAGAUGAAGGUUCCCUACGCUAUUCAUGGUGAUCAGUGGGUCGGGUUUGAUGAUGAGAAGUCCAUCAGGAAUAAGAUGAGGUGGAUUAAAGACAACGGUUUCGGAGGCGCCAUGGUGUGGACAGUUGAUAUGGACGACUUCAGCGGCAGCGUUUGUGGUGGCGACGUGAAGUACCCACUGAUUGGAGCCAUGAGAGAGGAACUUCGUGGAAUUUCUCGUGGGAAGGACGCCAAAGACGUUGAUUGGUCCGAAGUCGCCUCCAGCGCCGUCAUCGAGGUAACCGAAAAGCCACAACCCAUCAAAAUCAGUCUAUCAGACGUGCUGAGCAAAGUGAAGAAACCGACGAAGAGCGUCAUCGUGAGGAAUAAUGCCGCUGCUGCUCUUGUGGACAAGAAUAAGCGAGAACCGCAAGUCCUAUGCUACCUUACAUCUUGGUCUUCCAAGAGGCCCAGCGCUGGACGCUUCACGCCAGAAAACGUGGAUCCCAACCUCUGCACUCAUGUCAUCUACGCCUUCGCCACUCUGAAAGACCACAAACUGACUGAAGGAGACGAGAAAGACGCUGAAAUGUACGACAAAGUUGUUGCAUUGAGGGAGAAGAAUCCUAAUUUGAAGAUCUUGCUUGCUAUCGGUGGCUGGGCAUUCGGCUCCACUCCUUUCAAAGAGCUGACCUCCAACGUCUUCCGUAUGAACCAGUUCGUGUAUGAAGCCAUCGAGUUCCUGAGGGAUUACCAGUUCAACGGGCUUGAUGUUGAUUGGGAGUACCCAAGAGGAGCCGACGACCGUGCGGCUUUCGUGUCACUGCUCAAAGAAUUACGUCUGGCCUUCGAAGGUGAAGCGAAGACCUCGGGUCAACCCCGUCUGCUGUUGACAGCGGCAGUACCAGCGUCCUUUGAAGCCAUCGCCGCUGGAUACGACGUGCCCGAGAUCUCUAAAUAUUUGGACUUCAUCAACGUCAUGACCUAUGACUUCCACGGGCAAUGGGAGCGUCAAGUUGGUCACAACAGUCCUCUGUUCCCUCUUGAAAGUGCUACCAGCUACCAGAAGAAACUCACAGUGGAUUACUCAGCUCGAGAGUGGGUCCGUCAAGGAGCUCCCAAAGAGAAGCUGAUGAUCGGAAUGCCGACGUACGGAAGAUCAUUCACUCUCAUCAAUGAAACUCAGUUCGACAUCGGUGCUCCGGCUUCCGGCGGUGGCGCUGCGGGUCGUUACACCAAUGAAGCUGGUUUCAUGUCUUACUACGAAAUCUGUGAAUUUCUACGAGAAGACAACACUACUCUGGUUUGGGAUAACGAACAGAUGGUGCCAUUUGCAUACAGAGACGACCAGUGGGUUGGUUUUGAUGAUGAGAGAUCGCUGAAGACAAAGAUGGCUUGGCUCAAAGAAGAAGGUUUUGGAGGUAUCAUGGUCUGGUCAAUCGACAUGGAUGACUUCAGAGGGUCCUGCGGUACUGGAAAAUACCCGUUGAUCACUGCAAUGAAACAAGAACUUUCGGGCUAUAAAGUUAAGUUGGACUAUGAUGGACCUUACGAGUCUUCAAACGCAAAUGGACAAUAUACAACUAAAGAUCCUAACGAAGUAACCUGUGAAGAAGAAGACGGACACAUUUCGUACCAUCCUGACAAAGCUGAUUGCACUAUGUACUACAUGUGUGAAGGUGAAAGAAAACACCACAUGCCAUGCCCCCAAAACCUGGUCUUCAACCCGAACGAAAAUGUCUGCGAUUGGCCAGAAAACGUGGAAGGUUGCACACACCACACACAAGCCCCAGCUGCGAGACGAUAGAUUUUCCCCAAGGUUUAAAUCAAAUUUAAUUAGAAACAUCAAUUUGUAAUUCGACAUAGUGAAGUCAAUUUAUAAUAUUUUUUUGUUAUAAUUUGAAUUUAUUUGGGUUGUAUUUCUUCUCUCAUCUUAAAAUCAACAUCAAAAUUUAGCAAAAUUGAAACAAAAUUUCGUGUAAAAAGUAUUAUCUAGAUGAUGUUGUUAUCGUCUGCUACUUUAAACAAAUGCUAAUUCAUUACUGAUGUGUAUUAGCUUAGCGCAACGCAAAACGUAUUUUAUUAUAACAUGGCAAUAAUGUUUACGAAAUAUAAUUUGAUAAGGCAUUAUUAAGAUCUAAACAAACAUUACAUUUAUAAUUUUCCGUAUUUUCUUAAGUAUCAAAACUUAUACUUACCUAUAUUUUCAUAAAUCCACCAAGACAGUUCUACGUAAUAGGUAUUACAUACGAGUAGUUACACAUAUUUAUUGGCGUUUGUUUGUUUGUCUUAACAAGACAAGAUUCGUGUGAUAUAAUGUAAAUUUUUAUUUCAUAUAUUUUUUGAAGAUUUAUUGUAUCUUUUGUUAAAUUAUACUUCUUAGGUUAAGUACGAGUAUUUUUUAAGAAAUUGUACUCUCCCGAAGUUACACAAUAUUUAGAUGCAUUGAUAUGUAUAUAUAAAUAACUAACUAAAUCAGUACAUACUAUUCCUAGAAAUCUAAUUAAUAAAAUUUCACUCACACGUUCGCUUUGAAUUUUUAUUGUUAAUUAUAUGCAAUACAUCAACACGUAUCGAUUCAUCAACACCAGAAAAUAACUUAGUAUUGUGAUUCGAAAGUACCUUACUUUAUUUCAAUUCUAUUUUAAAUUUUAUUUUAAAUCGCAAA